AUGGCGAACAACAGCACAGAAGCCAAGGGAUACGCUCCGUUCGACUUGUACCCCUACAACCCAUCUCAAGGCCCGGCAUUCGCCUUCUUAGGCUUUUUUGGAGUCGUUUGUCUUCUUCACUUGGUGGCCAUGAUUCCAUAUCGCUCGUUUUUCCCCUUGCCCCUCGUUAUCGGCUGUGGUAUGGAAGCCGGCGCCUACUGGUUUCGAUCACAAUCCCACAACGACGUACGAAAGACUUUACCCUUCCUACUCCAGAAUUUACUACUCUUGUCGACGCCGCCAUUCCUGGCGGCCAGCAUUUACAUGUCCCCUCGCCGCAUUGCACGAGUCCUGGAAGCAGAGCACCUAACACUACAUCCUCGUGUAUUGACGAAGAUGUUCGUUCUCGUCGACAUCAUCUGCUUCGUGACACAGUUUGCCGGAUCCAUUAUAUCCGGCAGCGAAAAUGCCGAUGAGGCAAGUCACGGGAGGAUCAUCAUCUUGGCAGGCUUGGCCCUUCAGAUCGCCGCUUUUGGCUUCUUUGCGGUUUGGACCUAUUGCUUCCAAAAGCGUCUGGCAUCUGCGUCAUUUCCGUACCCGCUGGUUAGUGAACUCCCGUGGCAGCGCUACCUCUAUGGUCUCUAUGCCAUCAGUGUUCUUUUCAUCGUUCGCAAUAUCACUCGCAUGAUUGAGUUUCAACAGGGUUCCAACGGCGAGAUUCUCGCGCACGAGGCGUAUCUCUACGUGCUCGAUAGCUCCGUCAUGCUGUCCAUUGUCACAAUCUUCUUGAUCUUGCAUCCUGGUAGAUUGAGGUGGAUGGCCCGACGCUUGGGGAAAUCGUUGGACCUAGGACGAGAACAUAUACCGCUAGCAUGAUUCAUUACGCGCUUGGAUGCUGUAUAACUCGGGAGUUGCUUGCUACAGGCAAUUAUAUGUUCGUGGUGCAGCAUUGCUCGCUUUUUACGUCGACUUCGGCGAACCAUCGAUGGAAGAUGUAUAUAUACUGAGAAUCGAAGGGUUGUUUUUACAUGUUAGUCAUUUGUUCCGUCUUCAGGAGAGGUUCGCAGGAGAUCAACAUAUUGGGAAGGAGAGCUGGUGGGUGAUAGCCAGGCGCUUACCACCGGCUUCUCUGUACAUCAAUGGAAGCCUCUAUUAGCUGCCAUGAAUACGGAUAUCCUGCAAUGUAAUAAUGUACGAUGCCUUUUGCUGUAAUAUUAUAUAAUGUUUUCCCCUCUCAUGUUGUAGCCUUGCAUGUGUUUUAUUUUGUGACGAGUAAAGCCAAAUAGCUACUAAACAGGCGUGAAUAGCAAGUCAAGAGAAGAUAACGUAGGAUUUCUAUUUA